CGCCAGGUAGGCAGCAGCGCGGCUACCGACGACAGCCCCGGCGUCGGCACCGUCCCCUAUGCCUGGGGGGCCCGAAUGGUCUAUUCCGGCUGAGGAGGGAAAACGUCUGUGCCGUCCAUCUGAGGAGAGCAGAGCUGUGUGCCACUUGCCCCUCCUUCGCUCCUGCUGUGGCGCUAGCGGCGCUGGGCUGCGGGAUAGUGCCCAGCUGCUGUGAGAAAGGGAGAGAGCAAGAGAGAGAGAGAGAGGCGAGGGUGGAGGGAGGGAGGCAGGCAUAGAGAACGAGAGAGAGAGAAAGACCGCGCGCUCUUGUCUCCUCUCCCGCUGCCUUCGCGCUCCCCUCACCUGCCUCUCUGAAGGAAGGUCUUGGACCCCGGGACUUGCCCGCGGCAGGAGCAGCGACGCCUUCGGUCCUGCCGCCCUCCUGGAGGGGAACCCACCCUGCUGCCGCCGGAAUGCCAGACCUUGCCCGCGCCGAGAGCCAACCCAAGUCCCAGGAGGCUGCCGGCUUCGGGUGGCCGCGCGCUCAUUAGCCGCCCCCUUUUCGGAGCCGUUCCCUCCAGCCUUCUCGGUGCGCUUCGCGCUCUCUUCGCUCUUCUCCCCUCAGUUGGCUUCAGCCUGAGGGGAGGGGAGGGGAGGGGGGGAAGAAGAAGAAGAGGGAUUGCGGUAGCCUAGCCGGCGAGCGAGCCAGCCAGCGCGCCAACCAGCCAGCCAGCCAGCGAGAGGCACGCAGGCUGGUGCCGCCACUGCCUGGUCAGGGCUCCCUUUCCCCCUUGCCUCUCGCCGGGGAUCUUCUUCUUGUUGUUCUUGUGGUUGCCAGCCGUUCGCCGCCGCUACUUUUGCUUUGCCCGUCGCCGGACCGAAAGAGAAGGGGAAGCUUGUGUCAUGCCAUUGGGGCCGAGGGACGGGGCUCUCCGACUGCAGGACCCGUGAGAGGAAGUGCGAGCCCCCCUCUGGACAAUGACAGCCAUGAAGGAGCAGCAGCAGCAGGCGGCGGCACAGCCGAACCCGGGCUCCAGGGGAAGCCAGGCUCAACAAGACCAGGACCUUGGAAGCAACAGCCCACCACAGAGGAACUGGAAGGGAAUAGCAAUUGCACUGCUGGUGAUUCUAGUUGUAUGUUCACUCAUCACAAUGUCUGUAAUACUUUUAACACCAGAUGAACUGUCAAAUUCAUCAGAAACUAGACUGUCCUUAGAAGAUCUCUUCAGAAAAGAGUUUAUAAUUCACAAUCCAGAACCCAAAUGGAUUAACGAUACAGAAGUGGUGUAUAAAAACAGGCACGGACAUGUUGUUAAACUGAAUGUAGAAACAAAUGCAACUACGUUAUUGCUGGAAAAUACAACUUUUGUAACGUUCAAAGCCUCAAGAUAUUCAGUUUCUCCAGAUUUGAAAUAUGUUCUCCUUGCAUAUGACAUCAAACAGGUGUUUCAUUAUUCUUUUACGGCUUCAUAUGUGAUAUAUAACAUACAUACGAGGGAAGUUUGGGAGUUAAAUCCUCCAGAAGUAGAGGACUCAGUUUUACAAUAUGCUGCAUGGGGUGUACAAGGACAACAACUGAUUUAUAUUUUUGAAAAUAACAUCUACUACCAGCCUGAUGUAAAGAGUAGCUCUUUGAGACUGACAUCCUCUGGCAAAGAAGGAAUUGUAUUUAAUGGAAUUGCAGAUUGGUUGUAUGAAGAGGAGCUGCUUCAUUCUCACAUCACUCACUGGUGGUCACCUGAUGGAGAAAGGCUGGCGUUUCUGAUGAUAAAUGACUCAUUAGUACCAAACAUGGUUAUACCCCAAUUUACUGGAUUUCUAUAUCCCAGGGGGAAACAGUAUCCAUAUCCAAAGGCAGGAGAAAUGAAUCCAACAGUAAAACUAUAUGUAGUCAAUUUGUAUGGACCAACACAUACACUGGAACUCAUGCCACCAGACAGCUUUAAAUCAAGAGAAUAUUACAUAAUGAUGGUGAAGUGGGUCAGCAAUACGAAGACAGUAGUGCGGUGGUUAAACAGACCUCAGAACAUAUCUAUCCUUACAGUAUGCGAGACAACAACUGGUGCUUGCAGCAUGAAAUAUGAGUUUUCCUCCGAAGUUUGGCUUUCGAAACAGAAUGAAGAGCCAGUAUUUUCUAGAGAUGGCAAUAAAUUUUUUAUGACAGUUCCUGUAAAGCAAGGUGGCCGUGGUGAAUUCCAUCAUAUUGCUAUGUUUGAUGUCCAGACUAAGAGUGAACAAUUUAGUAUACGGCAUCUGACAUCAGGAAACUGGGAAGUUAUCAAAAUCUUGGCAUACGAUGAAAAUACGCAAAAGAUCUAUUUUUUAAGUACUGAGAAUUCACCCAGAGGAAGACAGUUGCAUAGUGCGUCAACAGUUGAAUUACUGAAUCGCCAGUGCCUUUCGUGCAAUUUCAUGAAGGAUCAAUGCACGUAUUUCAAUGCAAAGUUCAGCCCUACAAUCAAAUAUUUCAUUCUGCAAUGUAAAGGACCCGGUGUUCCAGUUUUCAGUGUGCAUAGUACAGCUAAUCCUGAAAUAUUUUAUAUAUUGGAAAACAAUUCCAUAUUAAAAGAAGCAUUUUUAAAGAAAAUGAAGUUCCGGACAGAAACCAAAACGCUUCACAUUGAUGACUAUGAACUUCCUUUACAGUUAUCAUUUCCAAAGGAGUUCACAGACCGGAAUGCAUAUCCCCUUUUGUUAAUAGUUGAUGAAGCUCCAGGCAGCCAGUUGGUUACAGAUAAGUUUCACAUUGACUGGGAUUCUGUGCUUGUCAACUCUGAUAAUGUCAUCGUAGCUCAGUUUGAUGGAAGAGGGAGUGGAUUUCAAGGUCUAAAGAUCCUGCAAGGAGUCCAUCGUUCCUUAGGAUCAGUGGAAGUGAAGGACCAGAUAGCAGCGGUAGAAUAUUUGCUGAAACAACCAUUCAUUGACUCUAAUAGGCUGAGCAUAUUUGGAAAGGGCUACGGAGGAUACAUUGCAUCAAUGAUUCUGAAGUCCAAUGAAAGGCUUUUCAAGUGUGGAGCUGUGAUUGCACCAAUUACAGACAUGCGAUUGUAUGCGUCAGCUUUUUCUGAAAGAUACCUGGGCCUUCCAUUUAAGGAAGAACAUGCAUAUCAGGCCUCCAGUGUGUUACAUAAUAUCAAUGGCUUUAAGGAAGAACAUUUGUUAAUCAUCCAUGGGACAGCUGAUACUAAAGUCCAUUUCCAGCAUUCAGCAGAAUUAAUUAAACAUCUAAUAAAAGCCGGAGUGAAUUAUACUAUGCAGAUCUACCCAGAUGAAGGCCAUUACGUCACAUCAGAGAAGAGUAAAUAUCACCUUUAUAGCACAAUUCUCAGCUUCUUUAGUGCUUGUUUAAAGGAGGAAGCACCGAUUUUAUCACAGGAACCAGAAGAGGAUGAAUAAAGAAGCCUGUUUGUACAGAACUGAGGGCACUUUCAGAGAGGCUCACUAAAACCAUAAAUAGAAGUGACUGGAGGGGAGCAGAGUCUAUGGAAGCCCAAGGGCAGCUAAAGGAUAUACCAGUGGAACAGAACAUUUUGUGACAUUGUGCUACUGAACUGGUAUUUGAAUACAAAAGUCCAAAUGUAUUACCAAGGGACAAAACCUACACCUUUGUGGAAGGCCAAAGGUUCGAUGCAGUUUCCUGGAGGAAAUUAAUUUUGCAUAAGAGUAGGGUUAGUGCAUGUUGAUUCCGUUAAGAUUCACUGUUUGUUCUGUAUGUAGUUGUUCUGUUUUUAUUUAAAAUGCACAUAAUUUCUCAAUCUCAACAUAAGACACACCUCUCAUAUGUAUUAAGCCCACUAAUACCAGAACAGGAAAGCUGCAGUCUAACAGUCUAUUGUAAUUUUACAAUAAGUGAAAUUUGUAUUCACUGUCAAGUUUUGAAUUACAGUACUGAGGACAUGACAUUUUGUUUCAGUUCACAUGGGGGAAAAAACAGAUAAAUCAGAAACCAUUUCUAUAUUUUGGUUUGACUUUUCUUAAAUAAUCAAAAACAGACAUUCACUCUUAUUACUGUACCAACUAUAAAUCUGUAAACAAAAUUUUGGUAGUAUACUCUUGGACUUUAUGUAUAUACACAGGAUUCCUUUCACAAAAAUGUUUGUGUGCUUGAACAGUUUCUUCAAGCCAUAAUUAUAGCUAUGUUUAAGCAACAACUAAAAUAAUCCCCCAGUUACAAGUUGUAUCUUUUGUUUUACUAAGAAAUGUUUGGAUUGUGUUUCUUUCGUAUUGUUUACAGUAGUCAAUAGUUUGCUGGUUACACUCUAAUUUUAGAAUAUGCUACUUUGUCACAUGUAAAUUAGAUACAUGAAUAUUAAAUUAUAGUUUCAGAUAAAGAAAUUUUAUUAA